ACCACCGUACCCCACGGGUUUCUCUAAGAUUGCUGUUUUUAUACGAUGUUAAUUUCGUUCGAAAAAUCUCAAACUUAAAAAAAGUACACUAUUCGUGUCGCUUCUGAAGUUCGCCGGUUCUUCGAAAGUUUGAUUUAAUAAUAUUAAAGCAAAACAAGUCAACCGGACUUUCCUUUAGCGUCAAGAAUUUUGUUGUGAAGAAGUCGAAUAUGACAGACGGAUUUGACGAUCACCCAUCGAACAGGCCACGGCGAAAGUCUUUGGACUCUGACAGUGAAUCUCAGCCUCUUUUAAGCUCCGACCACAGCUGUACCAGUUUAUAUGAUCCAACAACCACUGGCGUGUUUCGGUACGAUUCCGAGAGCGAGUGGGACAACGAAGCAAACAAACAAGAUGUACAAAGUAAGAAAGAAACAAACAGUUUGGGCGCAUUCAGGUCCAUCAGUUUACAACAUAAAAAGCCCGAUGUUCCAGUAUUCAACCGAAAAGCAUUUUCCUACACACCAGCGCCCAGAUACGCUGAGUUUUGGCGAUCCGAGCCGGUGACAACGUGCUUCUCGCCUCCUGUGAUCAGCCAAUCCAUGCAUAAGGUGGCAACCCAAAGCAGUAUUGUAACAAUUUUUUCAAUAUGGAACACGAUGAUGGGUACAUCCCUGCUGGCAAUGCCAUGGGGAGUCGGCCGAGCUGGAAUACUCAUGAGCGUAUUUCUUUUCUUCAUGAUGGGUAUGAUUUGUCUAUACACCGCGCAAAAGAUGAUCCAAGUGCAAAAAAAGUACGGCGACAAGCAUGUCGGUGAAAUGGCCGAAUUAUGUCGUGUCUUGCUAGGUCGGCCGGGUGAGAUCAUAGCCAAAGUGUCGUCAAUAAUCGUCCUUCUUGGAGCUAAUAUUAUUUAUUACGUCCUGAUGUCCAACUUCUUGUAUUAUUCAGUGACAUUCAUUUACCAUUUUGGGGAUGGAAUUAUAGUCAGUCCGAACUCUACAUUAUCUGGAGUGGAGGCAUGUCCUAGAAAUGUGACAGUGCCAGUGGUCGAAUAUCAACGGGUGCCUGGUUCGACGUUCGAUCAGUUGUGGCAGCUGAACAACACAGUGCCCUUAUUUUUGGCUUUAAUCCUGGGACCACUCUUAAAUUUUAAGAGCGUGACGUUCUUCACCAAAUUCAAUUCUUUCGGCACUCUCUCAGCCAUGUAUCUCGUGCUCUUCGUUUUAGUGAAGUCGAUCUUUUGGGGUCUCCAUGUUGACUUCGACCACGAAGAGAGCCCUUAUUUUUCUCCACUAGUAUCCAGCAACCUCGCAGCCACGUCCGGCAUGUUACCUCUGUCAUUCUUCAUUCAUUCAAUUGUGAUAACUUUGAUGAGGCACAACAAGGAUCAGACGAAGAAUGACCGAGACUUGUCUAUCGCAUAUGGCCUCGUUGGAUUAACUUACUGCCUGGUUGGAGUAUUAUUUUAUCUCUGCUUUCCGUUGGCGAAAAGUUGUAUUGAUGACAAUUUGCUGAACAAUUUUCAAAACCGGGACUUGAUGACAGUAAUAGCAAGAGGAUUUAUUUUCUUCCAACUUUUGACGGUGUUCCCACUCAUAAUGUAUAUGCUUCGGAUACAAAUAUUUGCAGCGAUGCAGCUGAACCAUUACCCUAGUUUAUUCCAUGUUAUCCUGCUGAAUAUCACCAUCGUUGGAAUAUGUGUUUCAUUUGCCGUUUUCUUCCCGAAAAUCGGUGCGCUUUUAAGAUUUACUGGUGCCUUGGGUGGCUUCAUCUGCGUCUUUACACUCCCCUGUUUGUUGUACAUAGCCUCAGAGAUUAAGGAGGAUAGGUUAACUUGGCAGACGGUCGUGGUUCAUUCGAUAAUCCCUCUCACUGGGUUCAUCAAUUUUGUGGCGCAGUUCUUCGUAAAUGAUUAAUGAUGUUGCUAUUUUUUCUCUCAGAAAUAGGAAAACCUAGAUUCCUCUGUUGUGCAGAAACGAAGCAUUAAUAAAGGAAAUCACAAAAAUCUACCGGCUCUUCAAGUCUUUGGAGGUUUUCAGAGAGGCUCUCAUCGGUCUUCAUGAGGGCUCCUAUUGGCCUUCAAUUGAUAACUUUAAGAGAAUCAAAAUGUUACCAUUCCUCUGGUAACAAAAAACAAGUGUCUAUAACUUCCGAGGGCAGCGGGCAGUGAAUUUAUAACUGUAGACUAUUAAGAUGAGAACGAAGAGGGGCUGUUUGCUUCGGAGGUAAUUAUUUGAAGAGAGGGGAGUAACAGUGGCGGUUCAUCUGUAAAUUAACGUAAAAGAAUUCUAUAACUUCUUGUCACUGAUACUACACACAAGUCCUUCUUGAGCGCACUUAGCCGUAGCUGGCCCGUUGCCUCUAUGUAUGAAAAGAAUACCUAUAAUCCUCGAUGUUGACCCAGGAAUUGAACCCGGGUCAUCCAUGAAUGAAAGUGUUAUGCGGUAGAUUGAGACCUCUAACCGUGUUAUCAAUAAGUCGUGUCACCUAGAUCAGUGCAACAAAUUGUUAUUUAAGAAAAUUUUAGUCGGUGUUGGAUUCUGAGUGAACUAAUUCAGAGUCCUACAGCAUCGUCAGGUUUGCAAAUUAAAAAUAUUAUCCAAGCCCUUUGGAAGCCAAGCUGUAUUCGAUCUGUAAUUUGGAGAAAACCGCGAAAAACUUUUUGGACUACUAGUGGGAGUAUCAACAUCCCUAGCUUGUAGAGGAUUACUGGGCCAUCAUAACUGUUGUAUUUUACGGGAAAAUGUUUCUCUAUUUUACUGAAAAUGUUUUGGCACAUACCCCUGGCUUAAUACUAUAAGUGCACACUGCACUUGCAGCUACCUUUGACUUUUACGUAGCUCUGGUAUUUUUGUACAUGUACAACUCAGAAAAAUUCACAAGCCAUUUUCUUUAACGAACUCAAAUUAUGUGAAGUUGUUUUCACUGUUCAUCGAUCUGUAUCAUUAUACUAUACUUUCAUACCAACUGAGUUAAACAGAGAGAAACCAAGUCAUAUUGAUUUUGGAUAGAAAAGAGUUGAGAGCAGUUUUGAGCCGUAAAUUUUCCCCGGUCAAAAAUUCACCGUCAACCAAAAAAAUUCUGAAUGUGAAAAUAGACAUUUCACUCCAUCUGUAACAUUGAGCCCUAUGUAUGAAUAAACUUCAAACUUUAUUCCUCAGGUCCGAUCUUGAUGAAACUUGGUUCCUUACUGUUAAUUUUGGUUUGCAUCUACGCUAAUUGAGGCCCGAGAGGCUAUUUCAACGUUCCUUUGUAAGUUAAUUUAAAUCUACUUAUAAUUUAAACUUUGUAAAUAUAUAAAUUAAAUGCUUAAGACUGUACUGAAAUAAAAAAGAUACAUUAAA